UAUCACUAUAUUUUCAGAGAAAUGUAGUUGAAGAAUGGAGGAGGGAGGGAAGGUUUAUUAUCCACCUAAUGGACUGGAGUUUAUGUUUUGUCUCAAGGUGGAGAAUAUCCCCAAAGGGACUUCUAAACAAAUGCUGGAAAAACAUUUUGCUGUCUGUGGUAAAAUAGGAAAUAUUUUUAUUCCACUUGGGAGUACGGGAAAGCAUGCAUAUGUUAGGUACUACUGUGAGGAAGAUGCUGCCCUGGCGUGUCAAAAGUUGAACGGAUCAGUUUUCAUGGACAAUAUUAUUCACGUAACCUGGGACUACUCGUUUAAAAGAAGGACUGCUAGUUCAGAUGACAAUAGAAAUUAUCCUGUAAAACCUCAUGAUAAUGUGGGUUCCUACAGGGGACGGAGUAGGGAGACCAGUACAUACAACAGAACCCAGAGCUGGGAUAGAAGCAAUCCUAGAGCAAAGAGAGGUCAUGAAAGAUGUAAAAGAAACCAAAUAAGAUACUCAAAUAAAAAUGAAAGAGACCUGAAAAGACCCCCGAGAAAGAAUGAGAUUGACCGUAAAAGAUCCUCGAAAAAGAAUGAGAUUGACCGUAAAAGAUCCAUGAGCAAGAAUGAAAAUGGUCUGAAAAGAUCCACGAGCAGGAAUGAAAAAGACCUAAAAAGAUCUACGAGCAGGAAUGAGAAUGACCUGAAAAGAUCUACGAGCAAGAAUGAGAAUGACCUGAAAAGAUCUACGAGCAAGAAUGAGAAUGACCUGAAAAGAUCUACGAGAAAGAAUGAGAAUGACCUGAAAAGAUCUACGAGAAAGAAUGAGAAUGACCUGAAAAGAUCUACGAGCAAGAAUGAGAAUGACCUGAAAAGAUCUACGAGCAGGAAUGAAAAAGAUCGGGAAAGUUUCUCAGGCAGGAAUAAAAACUAUUUGAAAAGAUCCUCGAGCAACAAUGAAAGAAAGCACAAAAGUCCAUCUACUCGAAAAGAAAGAACUCGGAUACGUAAAUCUUGUGAAACUCUAAGAAAUAUCAGAAUUACUAAUACCAGAGAUGAAAGAGACCACAGAAGUGCCUCUAAUAGGGAUGAAAUAAACCACAUAAGUACUUCUACUAGGGAGGAAGGAAUCCCAAGAAGUGCUUCUAUCAGAGAUGAAAGAAGCCACAGAAUUUCACCUACCAGAGAUGUAAGAACCCACAGAAGUUCUCCGACCAGAGAUGAAAGAAGCCUCAGAAGUUCUCCGACCAGAGAUGAAAGAAGCCACAGAAGUUCACCGGCCAGAGAUGAAAGAACCCACAGAAGUUCUCCAACCAGAGAUGAAAGAAGCCUCAGAAGUUCUCCGACAAGAGACGAAAGAAGCCACAGAAGUUCACCGACCAGAGAUGUAAGAACCCACAGAAGGUCUCCAAGCAGAGAUGAAAGAACCCACAGAAGUUCUCCAACCAGAGAUGAAAGAACCCACAGAAGUUCUCCUGAUGAUAGAGACAGAAGUUCUCUUGAUGAUAGAGACAGAAGUUCUCCUGAUGAUAGAGACAGAAGUUUACAAAAGAGAUUUCAUUCUGAAACAAAUCUCAACAGUUUAACUGUAAACGAAAGGCCUCGAGAUGAUCAUGUUAGCCCCCACGAAAUCGAAUGCUCUGACAGAAGACUCAGCUUUAAUGAUCCUAAACACCCAGAGUGCAGGGAUCAUGAUAGAAUCCCCAACAGAGAUUUAAAUUAUGAAAGUAGAUCUUAUGAAAAGAGAGCUUACAGGGAGAGCCGAACCUUUGAUGAAAGUUAUAGCAAGGAUUUUAUGAACGACAAAAAAUGUAGGAGAAGGGAUUCAAAUCAUGGUAAAUAUAAGCACAGAACUAGUUGCCAUGAUAUCAAUCAUAAAGAAAAUAGGUCAGACAGGAAAAGAUCCAGAACUAGCUCUCAUAGAGAUAAAAUUAAUCGAGACAAAAGCAUCCCAAGAAACCUUAACUAUAAAAGCAGAUCACCAUGGGACCAAAUGAGCCCACAGGAUGAAGAAACAAAUGCACAAAACCAAAACAAACGUCAAAGAGAACCAAGCCAAUCAGAAAACAUUAGAAAGCGAAGAGAUAGCAGCCAACUACAUAACGAUUGCAAACCAAGAAGAAUUUUGACCGUUUUUGAAUCCAACAACAUUGACACAGAAGAGCUUGAUGUUAACAAUAUCAGUCAGGACAGGGAUGAAAAUAAAGAAGAGUCUGAAGACGCAAUCACAAGAGAACAAGCAGAGGGGAGGAAAGAUUUUCAUAUUGAUGAAUAUAAGGGAACAUCUAAUUUAAUCAAACAAAUCAUGGCACAAAGUGACUCUGAUGACUCAGAUGACUCCGAUGAGUCUGAUGAGUCUCAAAAUAAAAGUUCCCUGACCACAGUUACCCAGAAAGAUUAUGAAUAUGUAAUGGUUCCCAGUAACAAUCCUUCUCAUACCAUGAAAUCUUUGUUCAUAGUAAAAGAUAAAACCACCAGUAAAAUAGAAACAUUAAACUCUAACCUAUCCAACUACACUAUUCCUAAACUAAAAAAUUUGAAACUUAGCAACCAUUCUAAAAGGAUUAGCAGAGAGGAAACCAAAGAUGAAGAACUGGAUAGAACCAGGUCCAAGAAAGUCCUGGAAACGACAGGAAAAUGCCCAAGAAUAAAUGACACUCCGUGUAAAAAUCAGACUAAAGAUCAAGACAAACUAAGGGAAAGAGUUAAAAGAAGGGAUCCAAGACUAAAGACAAAAAAGGAGGAACCGAGCUUUAAGAGAAUGAGGAUUAAUGGUUCUCCGUUAAGAAUGGAUUACACUGAUAAUGAAUUUAUGAAACCAAAUAUCUCCAGAAAGAACAAGUUUACUAAAGACAGUUCUGGUACAGUUGGAGAAAUAGGGAGGAAAAUUUCCACUGUAGAAAUUGUAAAAUGUUUGAGCAAAACUGAAGAGUCUUCUUCAGUUGAGGUUGCAAGAUCAGAGAAUCUGGAAGGAUUUUGUUCUGAUGAAAUAUUUUCUAAUGAAUAUGAUCUUCUCGGACUCUCUUCAGAGAACCAAGCUCCUGUCGUAGGGUUUGAAGCCCGGGAAAACGAAACGGUUGCAACUACGUCUAAAAAAGCUUCAAUAACGCUAAACAUGAAAAACAAAAGAUCGGAUGAGGUGAAAGUUAUCGGUUCUGGUUUAGAACUGGGAGGAAAUGGAAGCCCUAACAAUCCAGAUAAAAAUGUUGUUUCCAGUUUAUCCAGUGAAUAUUCUGAAUAUUCCGACCCUUUUACGCAACUAAAGCAGGAGGUGAAACAAGAGAAUGAUCAUGAAUACGUCGAAGAUGAACAUGACGCUAAGCCUAGCAUUGCCAUCAAAAAAGAAGAGUCUCCAGAUAUAUUUGAGAAGAUUGUUGAAAAUAUCAAGAAUUUGAAUGCUGUCUCUCUGGAGGAGGAAGCUGGAACUGAGAGUGAAAUUCCUCCGAUAAAUCCUAACUCUGGAUUAUUUAAAACUCCGCUAAAAAAGAAGAAAAGUUCUUUAUCUGGUCCAAGUUCUGUACUCUUAUCCUUAUAUCAUCAAUUUCAGGCUGAUGCUCAAGUGUUCUGCUACAGUUCUAAAGAUAUAAAAGCUUGUGUGAAAUCAACCCUUGGACUGAAUUCCUCUCCUACAGACCGUGCCGUGGAGAGAGCUUUAGGUCCUACGGCCAGCCUGCUGAAGAAAGGGUUAAUAAAAAGAUCAGGAAUAAAACCUAAAAUAGUUUUCUGGAUUACAGAAGAGGGGAAAACUGAAGGAAAUAAACUUUAUAAGGAUUUUAUGCAAAAAGAAAAAUCCAGUUCUCCUUUUAACGCAAUCAUCAACAUCAUGGAAGAAACAAAGAUCGUCUUGUAGUUCAGCUGUUUCUUUUUCCAAAAGGAUGACAUCAUUAUUUACAUUCAAUAUCAUGGUUGAGAUAACGGCAUAGUGAAUCAGAACUAUUUAAAUCGUCAUGAACAUCAUGAUAGAGAUAAAUAUCGUCUUUAAGUACUUCAGCUGUUACUUUUUCAAAAUGGAUGACGGUAUAAUUUUUACAUUCUACAUCAUGGUAGUGAUAACGAUAUAGUGACAGGAAUUCAAUCGUCUUUAUCAUAACGAUUCAAAUCGUCAUCCUCAUCAUGGUUGAGAUAAAGAUUGUCUUCAAGCAGUUCAUAGAUCUUAUUAUUCACAUGAACGACAUCAUCAUUUGAACAUUCUUCAUCGAGAUAAAGACAUAAAUGAAUUCAAUUGUCUUUUCUAACGGUUAAAAUCGUAAUCUUCCAUCAUGGGUAUCUUGGUUGAGAUGAACUCCUACUUCAGUCAUUUCAUCCAUUAUUUUGUUCCUCUGAUUUUUAUUCGGCAUCUACAAUCAUGAUUAAUAUCUUUAAUGUUCUUUUUUUGUUAAACUGCACUUCAUUUGCAUUUGCAUAAUCUAAAAGAUGAAAGCAGUAAUUUAUUGUCAAAUCUGAUCGCAUUUCAGCUUGCAUUUAACAAUCCUAUUUCAAUAAGAUUUGUGCUGAUCACCUGAAAACAUUAAACCUAUAUGUCACAUUGAUUGCAAUGCAUCAUUGAAUCUUUAUACUUAAUGUUAUUUUUUUGUUCGUUGUAUUAUUUACCCAUUGUCAGUUAUAGACGGCCUGGGACCUGAUAAACUAAAAAGCGAGACAUAGACGUAGUUCAACCAUCUCUAAAGUGGUUUAACUGAGUCGACGUAGUUCAACUACUUUAUGCUAUUCAUUAAAUUUGGUCCUUGGUGAUGUUAUAUUUCUAACUUUUUAGAUUUUUUGAUAUUUUGUACUAAUUACUCAUUGUCAUUUCAAAAAAAGGUUCUGUUGGUUCUUAUAAAACAAUGCAUUUUGAUAUUUUGUACUAUUUACUCAUUGUCAUAUCAAAAAAAAAUAUUCUGUUGAAUCGUGAAAAAAUGUUGCAUUCUUAUAUUUUGAUCUCAUUUCACUCAUUUCACAAACAUUGUUAGUUAUUUUUACAUAUAUUGAUAUACGGUAAAACAUGAAAUGAUUGGGUUUAUUUUUACAUAUAUUGAUAUACCUUAAAACAUGAAAUGAUGGGGUUUAUUUUUACAUAUAUUGAUAUACGGUAAAACAUAAAAUGAUGGGGUUUAUUUUUACAUAUAUUGAUAUACUGUAAAACAUGAAAUGAUGGGGUUUGUUCUUUCUGGGAAAUCUUAUUCUCUGUGAAUUUAAAUUUCCAAGUUCUUUUUUUAAAGAUAUACCCGCUCCAUGCUCCACAGAUUUAUUACUCCAAUCAAUAAUGAUCCAUUAAAUGCUUUAAGUCCUGUCCUAUACAAUCCAAUCUUCCAACUAGGCAGUUGCUGACCCACCAAUCCUUUAAACAUUAUUCCUAGUCAAACCUUGAUUUCUUUUGGAUCAGAUCUUGAAAAAAUCAAGAUUGAGAAAUAUUGUAUAAUUUAUUGAGUUGGUUAAUUAUUAUCGCCAUUUGUGAUUAUUAUUGAUCCUUUUGUAAAGUCCAUUUUUGGCAUUUUUCUGUUUUUUUUACACUAUAAUUCAUUAAGAUAAAUAUAUAUUUUUUAAGUUAAA